AUGCAAUGCGCCCAGGCCAUAUCUCGGGCUGACACACCCCACACAGCACUUGGGCACCACCUGUUCAACCUCAGCUCACUCGUGACUCCCGCCCUCAACUGCUCAGAUACACAAACGCAAAUUAUUCCGAAUCUAAAACCGUUAUCCAUCACACCACCAUUUACCUGCUCAAUUUCACCAUCGUUCACCUCAGCCAUGACCCAGAUCACUCGCCAUCAUAGCUUCCCCACCCGCGCACCUUCCAGUCAAGCCACGGAUGUUGAAGAUUUGAUCCAAGUCGAGCCUAUACCUAUCGGAGAUGACCCGCUUCCUCCUUACUCUCUCAACAAUGAUCACCCAUCUUCCCGUGACACUGCCCUGCCUCGGUCCGACCCAAAAGCCCCUCAAGUGUCCGUCCAGCCACCACGAGAAGAGGUCUACAACGGUCCACCCCGGCUGCAUAUCCUCGCGGCUGCCUGGGGAGGCGUGAUUGUGACGCCUACUAUCAAAUCCCUCAUCCGGACCAGUCCUCCACCUCCUCAUGGCGUUGGCUGUCAGAUUCUACAGCUCGAGAUGCGCAAUAUGCACAGUCUCCUCCAGCCAGACCCAGCUUCCGGCACCUACAAGGUUUUGAGUCUCGUAUACCGAUACGAUGGCGACGAAUAUCCGACCGUUAUGAAUCUGCCCGAGACGAUUCGCCCAUCCCUUAUCACCAUCGCCAAACCCUCUGCCGUAUCGCAACUCGGUGGUGCCAACAUUGGCAACGGUGGCUACCGAGCUACCAUAACACAGCCGUGGCGGUCCAUCACCUCAUCCUCGUCUUCAUCAGGUCCUAAGGUGGAGAUUUUGGCUGUCUUUUACGGCAAGAAGCGCAUCGAACAUCCGGCCGUGCUGGAGGAGCUAGCAAACUACUUUGAGGGCCGUACGAGGCAGAUACGGAUGACCAACACAUUCUUCCGCGGCGACACGUGGCCGUACACGAUAAAAUCCUGGACCGUGUACUUUCGCUUUGUGGGUUCCAGGGCGGGCGUGCAGGUGGUUACGGGGUGGGAAAAUCAGGCUCUUGAGCAACCGUGGACUCGAGACUGA